AGUCAGUCUUUUUCACUUGGGUUGUUAGAGAGACUGGGAGACACACAGGAGGGAGGGGAAGCCGUCCCUAUCUCUGCAGAAAAUGGUGGUAGAUAAGUUACAUGAACUUUGUACCAUGAAUCUACCUUUAAACUGAAUUUACAACUAUUAUCUCAUUGCUCUUAUGCAAUCCGGUGUUGUUAGUUAUUACUGUAAUGUGUUAACCACGGCCACCAUGCUUUAGUAUAGCAGGCUUUUAAUGCAUAGUGUUGCAUUGCAUAGAUUACUGCUUUAUCCUUUAGUGCAGGUCCUGCUUUGUAACACUACGGCGUUUUAAGAUAACACAUGAACAGUACGGCUCAAGUCUUCAUACCUAGGCCCAGAUAACUCAAAGUAAAGGACAAACAUUGCUUUGUUCUCAACUAUGUUUGGAAAAAAUCAAGGCAGUGUUAACAUUUGUGACUCACACAGAAUUAUGAGUUUUAUUUCCCCAAUACUUGGUUUUGGGACCCAAUGUCGUCGUGGCGAGAGACGGGCAGAGCGAGACAGAGCACUCUGUGACCGGGUGGAGCCAGAGAAAGACAGACUCCCAUCGUCCCCACGGCAGUUUUAACAGAUCUCAGUAGAACUAGACAACCAGCCAGUUGCCAUGUCGACCUCAUCACUACGGCGACAAGUGAAGAAUAUUGUUCACAACUACUCUGAGGCAGAGAUCAAGGUAAGGGAGGCGACGUCCAAUGACCCAUGGGGCCCGUCUAGCUCUCUGAUGUCCGAAAUUGCGGAUCUAACCUACAAUGUUGUGGCCUUCUCAGAAAUCAUGAGCAUGGUCUGGAAACGCCUCAAUGACCAUGGCAAGAACUGGAGGCAUGUCUACAAGGCCAUGACCCUGAUGGAAUACUUGAUAAAGACUGGCUCUGAGCGUGUGGCCCAGCAGUGUCGGGAAAAUAUUUACGCAGUCCAGACGCUCAAAGACUUCCAGUAUAUAGACAGGGACGGGAAGGACCAGGGAGUAAAUGUGAGGGAGAAAGCGAAGCAGCUGGUGACUCUGCUGAAGGAUGAGGAGCGACUACGGGAGGAGAGAAUCCACGCGCUGAAGACCAAAGAGAAGAUGGCACAGACCACCAGUGCCUCUUCGGCUCCUUCAGCUCCAGGUCUGGGCGGGGGAGGGGGUGGCGGAUUGGGCUCUCACACCCAGGGGUCAGGGAGUGACGCUGAGCAGGCGUGGCCACAGAGCUCAGGGGAAGAGGACCUACAGCUGCAGUUGGCUCUGGCCAUGAGCAAAGAGGAGGCUGAGCAGUCUAGCCUCGCCCCCUUGGAGGAUGCUGAGCUCCGAUGGGCUCUCUCACUCAGCAAGGAGACGCAUCAUAAGGAGGAGCGUCUGCGCAGGGGUGAUGACCUGAGGCUGCAGAUGGCCAUUGAGGAGAGCAAGAGGGAGAAGCCCAAAUCCGAGGAGAGCUCACUGAUGGAAUUAAGUGCAGUUGACCCCUGGGGAGCCCCAGCAGUACCUACAGUUGCCUCAGCUGGCCCCUCUCCCCCACCCACAAGUACCACCACCUCUGCCUCGGGACCCUGGGGGCCCUCAGACCCCUGGGGCGCCACCUCCCCUGCCUCGCCAGUUAGUUCUGACCCUUGGGGUGGUGGUGGGACCACGAUAGCCCCCGCUUCCGACCCGUGGGGAGAUUCCGCUAGGGUAAACUCUGAUCCCUGGGGCUCCACAGCUGUGACUCCACCUAGCUCAGACCCCUGGGGGAGCUCUGUAGCCCCCACUGCUACUCCUGCGGCCUCUGACCCCUGGUCUGCAGACGGAGUGGCUCCAGCCACUGAUGCUCUGACCUCUGACCCCUGGGGAGGCCCACCCAAACACACAACUAAUGGCACAGGAGAUCCAGAGCUCAGAGGGUCGACACCAGCUGUUGAAGGGGGAGGCAGCACAGGGUCACCUGUGCCCUUUGACCUCUCGUCCCUGGGCUCGUCUCUCCCUGUCAGGAAAACGCCAGAAUCAUUUCUGGGUCCAAAUGCGGCGCUGGUGGACCUUGACUCUCUGGUGUCCUCUAAGCCCAAGCCUAAACAGCCUCCUCCUCCCUCCAUUUCCUCCGCAUCGACACACAACCCCUUCCUGCAGACACAGGGUGCCUCUUCGGGACCAGCAAUGGCCGUUACCCCGGGCAGUUCAAUCUCCAGUCGGGGGGUGUCCCCUACGCCUCCCCCAACCUCUAACCCUUUUGGAUCAACUCCCCUGGCCUCCAUUUCACCCCAGACCUCCUCGCUUGGCCUGAGCCAGCUCCGCACUAGCCCUGUGCCACCCAACCCCAUGUUGGGGACCCCCCAUGGCCAGAUGCCACCCCCGACUCUGGGAAUGGUCCAACCUGGCAUGGCUAUGCCUGCAAUGGGAGUUCAGAUGCCACCCCCGCAAAUGGGCCUCGGGAUGGUACAGUCCAGCCCCAUGGGCAUUCCCUAUGGAGGGAUCUCACCCAUGGCCCCGCCAGGAGCUACCAUUCUCAUGGGUCCAGGAGGGCCAGGGCAGCCACAGCUGAUUUUGGGUGCGGGAACAGGAGGCGGGGUUUUGGGAGCCAGUGGAGGUGUAGGUGGGGGGACAGCCACAGGAGCAAGCACUAACCCUUUUCUUCUUUGAGAAAAUUCACCCAGCUCACCCCAUUAACACAAACAAUUUAUGUGUCAGAAAAAAUGUGUGUACAACAACUAUAUUUAAAA